ACUGAGUCAAAUGUCACAAAUUUUGACAGCUCUGAAACAAUGUGCGUUCUGAUUUGUUAUUUUGCGGUUUGCGAAGAUUCGACCAAGUAGAGAUCGUCUUAUUGAAGAAAACGUAAAUUUGAUCUGCUUAAUCAACAAUGUCACACAAAGCUAAUGGAUUCACUGUGGUAAAUCUGAAACACCGGAGCGAUAGACCUACUUGUCAUCAAAUAUUCAUCAAAGAAUACACCUCAAAGAACGUCCACACUAAACUUCCGGAACAGCGAACACUUCUUAUAUUGAACGUACCUCCAUAUGUGCAGGAAAACGAACUGAAACAUGCGUUCCAACGCAUUGGCGAAAUUGAGGAGGUGUACCUCGGCAGCGAUUUGAAUGACCUGCCAUCAAUGGAUGACGAUAGUAUCACUGACAGCAAGUAUUUCAAUCCAAAGAAACCGAUCGACAAAUUCAAAUGUGCCUGGCUCGUGUUCAAGGCCAGUCGAUCGCUUCGAGCUGCAUUAAAGGAGCAGGAAGUUGUGCUGUACGAGAACGAUCGGACGAUAUUGGUGACUGGAUUGGAUAGAUGGAUGAGCGAGUACACGAAUGGUAUUGUGAUCGAAAAGGACCUGGAGGCUGAGGUGAACAAGUACAUGAAUGUGUUUGAGGUGGACGAGAUGAGGGAGAAGGAGGACGAGAAACGUGUGGAAGUCGACGAGGAUGGUUGGACGGUCGUCAAGAAAAGUGGUCGAAAUGCAGGAUUCCAGCAGAAAGAGUCGGUCAUUGCAAAAAUUGAAGAUAAAAUUGCGUCCAGGAAGUCGAAGAAGGAGCUGGCGAAUUUCUACACUUUCCAGAUUCGUGAAUCGAAGCAGCGACACAUUGUUAGCAUGAGGAAAAGGUUCGAGUCAGACAAAAGAAAGGUCGAGCAAAUGAAGAAAGAGCGAAAAUUCAAACCACUAGCACCGUUAAAGCAAUAAAAGACGCGGGUUUCGUUAAGUUUU